GCGCGCUGUAGAAGGCAAGACGCACGCUACAGCAACUUCGGCCGUCCCGACGCCGCAGCUUUGGAGCCAAGUGGAAAUCGUACAAGUGCACGCAAAGAAGAACGGUUAGUCGCCUUGUAAGUGCAGGUCGCGGCGCGGCGGCGGAAGCGGGCGUUGCAGCGCCAUUGGGGAAGUCGAGGUGGUUCACGUUGCGGCUUCCUCAACUAUGUUUCUCUUCUCCGCCCGUCACCGCAGGAACUCCGGACGUUCUCUCUUUGGGGUGCUCGCAUGCCACGGACUGUGUGCGACGCAUUUGCAGCCAUGUCUCAUUGUAAGACAGGUUGAUUUGAUUUGAGGACACACCGCUUUCUCCCUGCAUAAUCGCAGCAGGUGAUGACAUCUGGAUGCCUGAAGAGUACCUAUUGCUUGUUGAUGGCCAUGUUGUGGCAGCAGCAAAGAUGUUCAAGCAAGCAUUCCGCAUGCUGUUUGCAGCUUACUGCUGCUUCCACAUUUGUUAUGCAGAGAAGGCGUCAUGCACACUUGAAUUCAUACAAAGAUGCACCUGUAUGAUAAAAGUCAAAAGUCACAUCUCCUGGGUGUUAGGUGGAGAAACGGUGCACGAAAAUCGGGGACAAGACGAGAAGUACACAGCAGGCGUUGGCAUUUUCGGCAUAAACCCAGACCGUGGACGGAAGGGCAAAAAAGGAAAUGUGGCGGUCAGCAAGAAAGUUCUUGCCUUGGUGCAGCGCAUUACUGAGUGUGAAUGGAAUGUCCAGGGUAGCAAACUGGACUCAGUCUAG